CUUACAAGUUUGGUAAUGUCGGAAGUCCAGUAGCGUCGGAUGUAUAUACGUACCGGUGCGCGUUAUCUCCUUCCUUUUCUUCCGUGGCCGCCAUCGAUAGAGGAGCGUGGAUUGCGGCGAGCCGAGAGAGUCCUAAGCGAAAAUGGCUUGUGCCCGACCUUUGAUAUCUGUCUACUCCGAAAAGGGAGAGAGUUCAGGCAAAAAUGUCGUUAUGCCUGCUGUCUUCAAGGCUCCCAUCCGCCCGGAUAUUGUGAACUUCGUUCACACCAACAUGCGCAAGAACGCCAGGCAGCCAUAUGCUGUCAGCGAGCUUGCUGGGCACCAGACCAGUGCAGAGUCCUGGGGUACCGGAAGAGCUGUGGCUCGUAUUCCCCGUGUGCGUGGUGGUGGUACUCACCGCUCCGGCCAGGGUGCUUUCGGCAAUAUGUGUCGCGGUGGUCGCAUGUUUGCACCCACCAAGACCUGGCGCCGCUGGCAUCGCAGAGUCAAUGUGACCCAGAAGCGCUAUGCUAUCUGCUCUGCCCUGGCAGCCUCGGCACUGCCAGCCCUGGUCAUGUCUAAAGGUCACCGUAUUGAGGAGAUCCCAGAGGUUCCUCUUGUGGUUGACGAUAAAGUCGAAGGAUACAAGAAGACCAAGGAGGCUGUGCUGCUGCUGAAGAAACUGAAGGCAUGGAAUGACAUCAAGAAGGUGUAUGCCUCUCAGCGAAUGCGUGCUGGUAAGGGUAAAAUGAGAAACCGUCGCCGUAUCCAGCGCAAAGGACCGUGCAUCAUCUUCAACGAGGACAACGGUGUCACAAAGGCUUUCAGGAACAUCCCAGGCAUCACCCUCCAGAACGUGAAUAAGCUGAACCUGUUGAGGUUGGCUCCUGGUGGCCACAUGGGCCGUUUCUGCAUCUGGACGGAGAGCGCUUUCCGCAAGCUGGAUGACCUGUACGGCACAUGGCGCAAGCCUUCUACUCUGAAGCUGGACUACAACCUGCCAAUGCAUAAGAUGACCAACACAGACCUGAGCAGAAUCUUGAAGAGCCAGGAAAUUCAGAAGGCCCUGCGUGCACCAAACAAAAAGAUUCACCGCAGAGUGCUUAAGAAGAACCCACUUAAGAACCUGAGGGUCAUGAUGAAACUCAAUCCUUACUCCAAGACAGCAAGACGCAGAGCAAUCCUGUGUCACGAUCCCGCUCGCAAAGCCCAGAAAGGGAAGCCAAAGAAGAAGGCAGCAAAGGCAGCUGGUAAGCCAGCAGAAAAACCAGCAGCAAAAAAAUAAUUCUGAAUCGAGAAACACAUGUGCAGGAUUUCAACAAAAAAAAAAUUGACUUCAAAUAAAGUCUAAUUUAAAUAAA